AUGGAUAGCAUUAGACGGUAUUUGGUUGAAGGAUGGAGUGAGGAGGGCUUGACGGUAUUGCUUUUCUACAUGAAGAGCAUGGAUGCAGUGGAGAUGAUGUACUUUUUGAACAUGGUUACAAGGAUGCUUGACAGGAACACAGCCGUUGUUAUGCUUGCGUAUCUUUCACAAGCUCAAGCAAAAGGAUUGAAGUGCCCGAAAUAUGCGCAGAGAGCAUUGAGCUACCACAUACACGUACUGAGCAAGAAGAUAUCGAAAAAUGUGCCAGAGAUGCUUAGCCAAUAUGUGUUGGGUGUGAAAGUUAUUAGUAUGAACGAAGGGAAUGUGAAGGGUCGAAUAGAGCGGAACACGAAGGAAUUUGAGCCAAUGGAUUUUCUUAUUGACUUAGUAUUUGAGACACUUGUGAAGGCAAGUAAUGCAGAGAUAGAAAAUAGCAUACAAGCGCAUUUUAAUGAUGAACAUAAUAGGGUGGAGAUUAAUGCAGUCAGAGAGUCUCUUGAGAUUCUAUGCAAGAUCAAGGAAGCAGAAGCUGUGGAUGCAAGUAUUGCAAGAAUAGUUAAGAUGAUAGGGCCUGAAGAUAGUGCAGAGGUUGUGAGAUUUAUUGGAAGUAAUGAGAGAUAUGCGCAUACGUUUUUUCUUUAUGCGUAUUUGAUGAAUGCCGAGGCAUAUGAGUCUAUGGCAGAAAUAAUUCUUGAGAGUGUAGAAUACUUCAGACCUGAGAUUGUUGGUGGCCUUGUUAGCAUUGAUUUGGAACGAGUUAUUCGGAAGGUGAAUGAUGGGUCUGUGAAAAUUUUGGACGACAUUAUAAGGAACAGACAAGUAUGUGUUGAGAAGAUAGCGGAACUGGCAUCAAGAGGGCUUGUGAACAUUGGAAGAGAAAGUGUUAUUAGCGUGUUUAAAAACAACUAUGGAGUGCUUGAGAAGUAUGCAGCGCAGUUUGAACUGAAUGUAAACGAGAUGAUUGAAAUAUCCAAGGCAAAUGAUGCAGCGCUUGGGCCUACUUUUAUAAUGAUUGAGACCGCAGAAGAGAUGAAUAUAUUUGUUGAUUUAUUGAAGGAUAAAGGUGAUGCAGUUGUGAUAGAUGCAAUUGAAGGAGUUAGCGAUGAAGCAAAGAAAGAGCAGUUUAUAAACACGAUUAUCAAGAAAAGAAUGAUGAAGAGUCAGUUAAGAGCAUAUUUGGUGAGAAGUUAUCUGGAUGAUAGUAGAUUUGUAUAUAGACUUCUUCCAUAUCUUGAGAAAGCAGAUGUGUAUCGGCACAUUUCUAACUAUGUGGUUGAUGAAGAAAGCUUGAAUGUGUUUCUAAAGGUUAUUGAGUGUUCUGAAUUGCUUAUUUUUGCACAUAAAAUCAGUGAUGUGAAGAAAGCAAGUAGAAUACUUGAUCUGUGCUUUAGGUCACCGAAGUUUGUUGAGAGUGACUUUCUGUUUACGUUAAAGACUCUUGAGAACGAGCCAUCGCCACUUGUUAUACAAACAUUGAUACAGGCACUGACGAUGCAUCCAGGAUUGAAGAAUUUUGUGAUUUCGUUUCUAUCGAGAUUGUGUAGAAGAGAUAUCUGGAAAAAUGAAGAGCUAGUUGCAGAGAUAAUGAAGUGCCUGAAAAUGCUUGACACAGUGUGUGUUGAUAUAAUCAUGUGCAUGAACGAAGAAGCGAUGUACAAAGUGCUGAGCAGAAGUAAUAAGCUUAAGACAUAUUGCACAGACUAUCUUGCGAUGCAGCGUACAGGCAAGUCUAGUAGGCAUAUGCAGCAAUAUUCAAUGCUGAAAGCAGCCUUGAAAAGAGCAUCUGAUAAAUGA